CCCUCGUUCAAGUCCUCAGUGUACCUCCGCUUUUUGUCUCUUUCUCUCUCUCAAGCCUAAGCUCUGCUCCGCGCCCGAUAGCCGCCGGCAAUUAUCAAACAGCCACGAGUUGAAAAUCUGUGGUGGAUUGCGGGAGAGUUAAAAACGGGAGCUUUGGCCGGAGAAUUAGGAGUUUGGAGGCCAUUGUCAGUGUAUCUCUGCUUUUGAGCUGCUCAUGCCGGUGGAAUUUGAAGGCUCCUCUUAUAGGACGAUGUCGAACUCUGCCUCCGGCGAGACGAGUGUUUCCUCCGGCCAUCUUACGGCACCACCUUCUCUUCCGCCGCCGGCGAAGAAGAAGAGGAAUCUCCCCGGAAUGCCAGAUCCCAACGCGGAAGUGAUUGCGCUAUCUCCAAAGACUUUAAUGGCGACGAACAGAUUCGUGUGUGAGAUCUGCAACAAAGGGUUUCAGAGAGACCAAAACCUGCAACUUCACCGUCGAGGGCAUAAUCUGCCAUGGAAGCUCCGGCAGCGAACAGGGAAAGAAGCGAGAAAGCGGGUUUAUGUAUGCCCGGAACCCGGUUGCGUGCACCAUGAUCCUUCUCGAGCUCUCGGUGAUCUCACCGGCAUCAAAAAGCAUUUUUGCCGGAAGCACGGGGAGAAGAAAUGGAAGUGCGACAAGUGCUUGAAGAAGUACGCGGUUCAGUCCGAUUGGAAAGCACACUCCAAGACUUGCGGAACAAGGGAGUAUCGUUGCGACUGUGGAACACUAUUCUCACGGAGAGAUAGCUUCAUAACACACCGUGCUUUCUGCGACGCACUUGCGGAGGAGAGUGCGAGAACGCAGACAAACGCGACGGCGGCGGAGAAAGAGCCAAAGCUGACUAUAACGGAGGCUGCAAGCUUGCAGGAGAAUCAAAUGGCGCCGCCGCCGCCGGAUCAGAAAGAGCCGGAAAACACCCCCGGAAUUCUUCAAUACCUACACCAGCCUCCGCUCGCACCAGUGUCGAUUUCCAUGAAUUGCAGCAACAGCAGCUGCACAACCACUAGCGGUGGAAGUAACAGUCUAUUUGCAUCCACGGCUGCAACGCAAAGAACAUCUUUUUCGGAUCUCAUCAGUUCCAUGAGUCGGUCUGAAGUGGAACCCCCUUCCCUUUGCCUCUCCUCCAAUGGUCCUUCAUCUCUGUUCCCUCCGGCUGCUGAUCGCCGCCAAUUCUCUGGGAUGGCGAGCUCAGCUCAUAUGUCAGCAACUGCUCUGCUGCAGAAGGCUGCUCAGAUGGGUGCUGCGGCAUCAGGCUCUUCCUUCCUCCGUGGCUUUGGUCUCGCCGAAUCAUCUUCUCCGUUGGCCAUCGGUGGCGGUGGGGACAGUCAAUGGAACGAACCGGCAUCGAUUUCCGCCGGGCUUGGGCUAGGCCUCCCUUACGACAAUGGCUGCACAGUGCUGCCGGAUAUGAUGAUGGGUUCUGCUGUAAUUCUCGGUUCAAAGCCUGCGGCGACACUGGACUUCCUUGGAGUGGGUCCUGCUGGUAGUGCGAAUGCCGGUGGCCUGUCGGCAUUUAUCAACUCUAUCAGCGGAGGAGGUCUUGAAGCCUAUGGUCGUGGCCGGAGCACGUCACCGGCUAAUGCCUGGGAUAGCCGUGGCGAUGGUGACUUGAAAACCAGCGGCAGGGCAAUACUGUGAUUAUUGCGGCAAGUGAUUUUUUAGGGAAAAACAGGUGAAGUUGAGAUCUUUUUGCUGCAAAAUGCUCAAAUUGAUAACUUUCAAGCGAAUUUGUAUGAAAUUGAAGUUAUUUGGGGAUUUGGUGAUGUGAUUUUUUUAAAGGUAGUAUCUCUUAAGGUUGGGGGGUGGGGGGGAAGAAGGUGGACAAAAGGGGCUGUUCUUCUGCUUCUGGGAGCUCAUUCUAAUUUAAUACUUUUCUCCUUUGUUUUUUGUAUGUAAGUAAUAAAGAAAGCUGGAAUUCAUGUAGCCGUGGCUUAUCCUUAUACUGCAAGAUCAUAUUUUUUGUAUUUUUUUUAUGCGCAUUGUUGGGAGGGCUCGCAUGUGAUUCGUCGUAUUAGGCGGCAAAUGUUUUUUCUUGCGGGGAAUGAUGCUCUGUUGGGAUUACGGAAUGGGUGAUUGUGGUGUGGCGGCAGGAUCACCGUUUAU